CUCGUAUUCGAAACGCGUUGGCCGCCACUCGGUGGAUCUAAAUUUCCGAGAUCGCACUGUACUUUGUGGACGUCCAUCGAGAAGAGAGUUACCGUGCUGCGCAGAGCCAAGUUUUUAAACCAAGUGGAUUUUAAUUAGGUCCGAACCUCCGAGCGGGAACCUUCAUUAGAUUUGUCGGAUCCUGCGUAAAGAUGAAGCAAGGAGCAGCUUUGCUGCUGGUGGUGAUCUUGACGAUCACCGCCGGAGUCAUGCCAACUUUGGUACCGACUGGAAGUCCGCCUCCACCACCCACCGGAACUCCACCUCCACCACCGACCGGAAGGCCACCUGCGCCACCGACCGGAAGUCCACCUCCACCGCCAACGGGAAAUCCACCUCCACCGCCCCCACCCCCGAAUAAUGGUAGCUCACCACCUUCGUCAGCGUCUCUACCCGCACUAUCCAUGAUGAAGAAGGACGCACCAUGGCGCGUUGCGGGUCUGCUAAACCCACAGGAGAUGCUCCUGCAGGAGAUCCGCUCGUUGGACGAGGAAACGCUUGUCGACAAGGUCCAGGAGGAAAAUAUCGAAACAUUGAAAGUUAACGGUAAGAGUGAUAAGAUACCAGUAUUACCCGAGCUUGUAGACGAGGAAUCAAACGUUGUCAUUCCAUCGGAACCUGUCGGCAAGCCAGAUCCCGAAAAGGAUGCCGUGAAGGAGCUGAUGGAGGAUGAGGACUUGAAGUACAACGAGACUGAGGAUAUUCUGAUGGCCGACGACAUGGAGUGGGACCUUGAGGAUGAGGACGCUCUUGACGAUGAGCUUGACGAAGACGAAGAGAUUCUCUUCGACCAAGACUGCCCCACGGAUUGUUCGUGCUCUACUGGACACAUGACCGUAAAGUCAGUUAGAUGUACCAAGUUCAACAAAGAACAGUCUUUCGGUAUGGACGUUGCUCUUCUUAAAAUCGAAAAUGGACCGGAGCUUAAACUGGGCCCACACGACCUGCGCGAAAAGGAUCUGCAACAGUUGUCGGCUUUCUCGGUUGUCAAUACCACCAUUGCCGAAUUUCACAGGAGCGCAUUUGACGGCCUCGUGGACUUGUUCUCCGUUAACCUGACUGGAAACGGAUUAAUGGACAUACCUCCCGACGCUUUCGAGAACAACACACAGCUCAAUCUUUUGACUAUAUCCGGGAAUCCCCUGCAGUACACUCAGGGAAAAGACAAUCCCUUCGCCAAGUACUUCUUGGACGCGCCCAGCGUAACUGAAUUCGAUUUCUCCAACAAUUAUCUCCCCCGUAUCUUACCGACGACUUUUGUAAGGAUGCCGCAACUGGUCUAUCUUAGCCUCAGAGCGAACAGGCUCAGGGCUGUUGAACGAGCGAUUUUCACCCCUCUGAUUGAAUUGGAUGAAAUUGACCUAUCCCACAACCAACUCAGCGGUUUUCCGUCCGAUGUGUUCGACGACAACGAAUAUCUUGAAGUACUGAGAAUUGCCGGAAACAAUUUCACGAGUCUGGCGAGCAUCAAGACUUCAACAAUCAGCAUACUCGACGCGUCCAAAAACAGGAUCAAAACUAUCGGCAAGUCUGACCUUAGCGCCCUUACCGAACUCGAAGAACUCUACAUCAGGUCGAACGGUCUCAAGAGGAUUCACCAACAUGCGUUUGCGGACUUGGUUAAUCUGAGACGCCUUGAUAUCAGCGACAACAAGCUGAACACAUUGACGGAACAUCAUUUGAGGACCAAUAUUCGCCUCGAAUCUCUUGUCAUGAAUGACAAUCCCGGUUUGGAAACUUUACCGGUAUUCAAAUCACAGGCGGGCACCUUCAGCCUCGAAAAAUUCGAGUGUGCUGAUUGUGGACUUUUGGACCUGGAGCCAGGAACCUUUGACCCUAUGAUUGCGUUGCGUCACCUCAAUCUAGCAAGAAACCGACUAAGCCGUUUGCCGAGAGGGCUCCUCAGAAGCAUGUCAGCACUAAAGGACUUGGACCUUUCUGACAACCUGUUCAACGCUCUGGAAGUCGACACGUUCCAAGGAGCAAGGUCUCUGACGAAAUUGAACCUCGCUGGAAACCCACUGAUCACUCUUCAAGUUGCGCCAUUCCUGCUCAUUCCAAACUUGGAACGAUUAGACGUUAGCAGGUGCGGUUUGGACAGAAUCUGGAGCGAAAAUGUCGUGCCGCUUCCACACCUGAGGUACCUGUUGGCUCGUGGCAACCGAAUCGAGCAAAUCAGCGUCGGUGACUUGCAGGCGACCCCUCAUCUCUCCGGCCUCGAUAUCUCCAACAAUCCUCUCGCUUGUGACCAGGAGUUCAAUGCCGCUAUUCAAUGGCUGAUUGACCACGGUGUCGAUCCCAGUGACACCCUGCGCUACGUAAGCAAUUACGCUCUCGACGACUACACCGAUGCCAGCGAUCUGGGCGAGUGGAAAGACAUAGCGAAGGUGGUCUGCGACAGCAUGGAGGGUGGACCUCCUCUGAGACCUCUACCGCGUAGACCAAACACGCCGAAUAACGUUAAUGAUUUCAAGCCACCAAUCGGUGACCUAGAUGAACUAGCUGGCCAGGCGUUCGAUGAAGGUCGCGCACAGAAGGACGAGCAGCUGGAGGAUGCCUGGUUAUCCCAGGAAUCGGAAUAUGAGGAAUAUGGCGCAGUCGGUGAGCACUAUCAGCCUUGGUACGCGGGAGUCGUGUGGCCCGUGCUUACCGUCAUUCUGGUGACUCUCGCAGUCGUGCUUUUGGUGGCGAACCUAGCCAUGUGUCUUUCGAAGCGCAGAGGCCGUGGUCCCGUGAUUCGGGCCCCGAUGAUUCUACGCCCCGGACUGAUCGACAACAAGAACUGUGGUCUGGUCUACAAGCCACUCCAAGAGGAGAUUCCGACCCCGCAUAUGCCGAAGCGGGGAAGCUUCUACUCGAGCAGCACCUUCCAUUACGAUAAGAUUGUCCCCGAGAGCGUCUAGACAAUCCCAAGGACGUUUUCACUAUCCAACACCUUGAGCUAGCUGAGGUUUCAAGAGCAAACGGCUCCGGACAACACGAAGGCCACUUUUCACAGGGCAGUAAUAUGCUCGAACAAAAAUACCCUUUUUGAGAUUUACAGCAACGACUUAUAAAGUGACGUCCUAACUAUUGAUUUUGAAACUUGCGUACAGCUGGAACAAUGUCAGCUUCUCGGCUGCUCACCGGAGAGAAAAUGAGAAGACAAAAAGAGAAGCAAUUAUGAAAGUGAUACUUUUUUGAAUUGGACUGCACCAAAAAAUUUACCGUUUCGAUCUCUCUUCAUUAUUUUUUUAUGUAUUACAAGGCAAAAAAAAAUAAAUAACAAAAAUAACUUCCACAAAUACACACGCACAAUGCACGUGCGCGGUAAUGGCAACUUAUUGAUGAUAAAUAAAUCUAUGACUAUUUGCUUUGGAUCCUUGUGACCACUAGAACUGCUACACCAGUCAGACUGACUGGUCUUUAAAAAUAUGUAAUAAUAGAAUAUGUUUAUGCCAAUAUGAUAUGUAAUUUUUUUAUUAUUAGUUAUUUUUUGAAGACGAGUUUCUGUAGUUCCAGUGUUAAUAACGCGUGAUGACGAACAAAGACUAGCUAGAGCCAACGAGUUUUAAGCAAUGAAAUUUUUCGAACACUUAUUCCCGAAUUAUUUCGACUAAUUUCGCCACAUCGAGUACUAAUUUUACAGAACAAGGUAAAGGUAUUUAAAUUUACUAUGCGAUAGAUGGAUAUAUGAAUAAAUUCGUAAAAUGUUACGUCGUCUUUAUUAUUAUCCAUAUUUACCAAUUGUCAAAUGCUAAUUUUCGAAAUAUACCCGUUUCGACUAAUUCUGUUAUGAAUUCUCGCGUAGUCAAUAUAGCCAGCUACAUGCAAACACUAAAAAGAUAACACUAACGAUCUAGAAUGAAUUCCGACGGCAUACAUGAAUUUAACCUGAAAUGGUGGUAGUGUUGAAAGUAGUAACAGUAUGGAGCUGUCUGAGCGCAGUAAUUCUAUUUUACUAGAGACCACGCAAUUAUUAUGAAUUAUGCAUAUUUCAUUAAUUAUUUUGUUUACUAUAAUAUGUAUUAAUAAGGACUAAGAAUUGAUACCCUUAGUAUUUAGUAGAUUAUACAAUAUACAUACUUUCUACUUGCUGUAAAUAUUACAUAAUAUAUUAAUAAAGUAUUAAUUUAGUGAAGCAUCA